GCAGCCGGAGCCCAGUGCAGGCGGAUACCAGACCUUCCCGACCGGCUCCAGUCGCCGAGCAUGCGGACCACACCCCCAGCCCAAAGCCCAAAGACAGCCCGGGUGUCAGUGCCCUGCCCUCCCCCGAGACUUCCCCUAAGAAGUCCGAACACUCCCGCACUUCCUCCCCUCGGCCAAAGGGCGGGAGCCCCAAGCGAUCUGCUCCCAAGGCUUCCCCAAAGCCCAGCCCCAGCCCCAAAAGCCCCAGCUCCCCGGCAAAGCGCCCCAGCAGUCGACAGCGGAAAGCCCGGCCGCAGCCGAGUCCCAGUGCCUCUUCCGUGGCACCUCCACAGCCGAGCGCGCCACCUUCCAAGAAG